AGUUACCAAAAAGUGGUCCGGGGGCUGAAAAUUACAAUUGGGAUGACGAGAUGAUUAUGUUUUUCAAAAAAUUUAAAAAAAGUGCUGAGUUUUAAGAAAAUGAAAAAUUGAGGAGCCGUGAGGAUGCUGAAGCAUACGCUUCAGAGCUUGGGAGCAAACCUUGCAUCAUCAACGAGUGUUAUUCAUAGGAAAUGGAAGAGUUUAGCUGCGAAUUCGAUCAGGAGAUACAGCGACAGCAACCCUAGGGAAAAAGUGGAUUGCUUAGUGAUUGGGGCUGGUGUUGUGGGCUUAGCAGUGGCCAGAGCACUCGCGCUCAAAGGCAGAGAGGUGUUGGUCGUUGAAUCGGCUUCCACCUUUGGCACUGCCACUAGUUCUCGCAACAGUGAAGUCAUUCAUGCUGGAAUCUAUUACCCUCGCAAUUCCUUCAAGGCAAGGUUUUGUGUGAGAGGGAGAGAAAUGCUAUAUGAAUACUGCUCCAAGAAUGAUAUUCCUCAUAAACAAACUGGUAAGCUCAUAGUUGCUUCUCGAUCUUCAGAAAUUUCAAAGCUGAAUGAUAUAAUGAAUCGGGGGAUUCAAAAUGGAGUUGAUGGCUUGAGGAUGAUGGAUGGUUCUGAGGCGGUGAGAAUGGAACCUGAAUUGCAAUGCGUCAAAGCUAUACUAUCACCACUUUCCGGGAUUGUUGAUUCCCACUCUUUCAUGCUGUCGUUAGUGGGGGAAGCUGAGAGUAACAAAGCAACCUUCUCCUAUAAUUCAACUGUGAUUGGUGGGCAUCUUGAAGGAGAUCAGAUUUGUCUCCAUAUAUCGGAAACCAAGAGUGUUGAAGAAUGGGAUGGGAGGUCAAUUUUGGAGCCAAAUCUAGUGCUUAUACCUACAUUUAUAGUGAACUCUGCAGGCCUUGGUGCCCCUGCCCUUGCAAAGAGAUUUACUGCCCUGCAAAGUAGUGGAGUUGUACCCACUGCCUAUUAUGCUCGUGGUUGCUACUUCACAUUGUCCCAUACUAAAGCUCCUCCUUUCAAACAUUUGAUAUAUCCUAUACCAGAGGAUGGUGGCCUAGGUGUGCACGUUACUCUAGAUUUGAGUGGUCAGGUGAAGUUUGGCCCAGAUGUUGAAUGGAUCGAUGGCGUUGAUGAUAUCUCAAGCUUUCUCAAUAAGUUUGACUAUUCAGUACCUGCAAAGCGUGCGGAGAAGUUUUAUCCAGAGAUACGGAAGUACUACCCAAACCUGAAGGAUGGAUCUCUAGAACCAGGGUAUUCAGGAAUUCGACCUAAACUUUCAGGACCCCAUCAGCCACCUAUUGAUUUUGUGAUACAGGGGGAGGAAAUUCAUGGCGUACCUGGUCUCGUUAAUCUUUUUGGGAUUGAGUCGCCUGGUUUAACGUCAAGCAUGGCAAUUGCAGAUUAUAUUUCCACUAGAUUCCUGAGAUGAUGCCUGAUUCUUUUUCGACAAUUUGAGUUUGUUACAACAGUAAAACUUUGUAAAAGCUGUAGGCCGUAGAAGCAUAUUACCAAUUUGCCAUGGACAAUUGACUAGGUGAAGUAACAGAAAUCUCGAUUCUUUUGGGAAUACAUACGGAUGGUAAUAAUGCCGGUCCUGGACCACGAGGGGCAGAAGGUGAUUUGUCUCUCUCUUUUUUCUUUUUUCUCAUAAUUUUUCGUAUUUUAUAUUACAUUAUUUGUACAAUAUAGUAUAAUAAGUCAGGAUCACUGUAGCUUGCUUUGCUUAUUAAAUACGAAUCACUGAGUUCAAUAA